UUGAUUAUUGAGUAAUAUAUUGACAAAGAUACAUGUCAUAUCUGAUGUCUUUUAGAGAAAUCUGGUCCAUUUAUAUGUUUUAAAUUGAUGCGGGAUUUGUAGAUUCAGAAAAAGCAACUUGGUUUUGAAAAAUGUUGAUAACACUGUUGGUUUCUUCAGGUGUUGGUUGUUCCCCUUGUGAACCUUCAGGUGUCUCUACUGAACUGUCUUCUGGAGUCUCUAAUGAACUGUCUUCUGGUGUCUCUAAUGAAUUGUCUUCUGGUGUCUCCACUGAACUGUCUGUUGGAGUCUCCACUGAACUGUCUUCAGGUGUCUCUACUGAACUGUCUUCUGUGGUCUCAACUGAACUGUCUGUUGGAGUCUCCACUGAACUAUCUUCUGGA